AUGAGAUCAUUUGCGCCAUGGAGCCUCGUCGCUGCGACAUUGACAUUAUGUGUCGCGGAACCGAUCGCAAAGCCUGAAGCUAUACCACAGCAGAUAUCGAACAAUGCGCCCUUCUCCGGCGCCGUGUACAUUGUAAACCCAGACGGCCAGCAAGUCGUAGCGCAAGACGCAAAUUGGUGUCCUUCGUCAGCUUCAGUAAGCUGCAGCAAUGUUAACCAACCGAGUUGGUGCUGUCCAUCAGGCUACACAUGCGCAGUUCCUGGCAACUCGAACGGACUGAUCGGCUGCUGCCCAAGCGGAAACCAAUGCGGAGGCGCAGUAAACGUCGCACAAGUCACGACCGUAACCGUAUACCCCCAGCAGCAAACAGCUGUCGUGUACAAGGCGGCUUCUGCGCUACAAUCACAAUGGAUGGUCCCGAUCUACCAAGAGCGGAGCAAGGAGGAUGCGGCACAAUCUUGA